CUCUGCCCUCCGCCCGGGACGACGGCGGACCGGGCGCCCGCGGGCCAGGGCUGCAUGGGGCUCCCGCGCGGCCACCUCUUCUGGCUUCUGCUCCUGCUCGCGGCUGCCUGCUCGGGGAUCCUCUUCACUCUGUACUCCUCGGCAGUGGGGCCGUACCCGGGGCCCCGGUCCGGAGCCAGGAACGCCACAUCGUCUCGAGCAUUCUUUGGACGCAAGGCAUCAAAUGCUGGAACAAGAAAGAGCCCGCACUGCCGACACUCACUUUAUCUGGCCAUCCAGAAGCACCCCCACUUCCGUGCCCUGUUCGAGCUCUCCACUCCAGUGCUGCUCUCGGGGGGCCUCUUCACUCAGGAGCUCUGGGACAGACUGAGCCAGCACAAAGCCCCCUAUGGCUGGCAGGGGCUCUCCCGCCAAGCCAUCAACUCCACCCUGAGCCUCCUGAAUGGCUCAGAGAGCUCCGAGCUGUUCACCGCCUCCGGGAAGCCGCCCUCCACAUGCAUCCGGUGUGCGGUGGUGGGGAACGGAGGCAUCCUGAAUGGCUCCCGCCAGGGGCUGAACAUCGAUGCCCAUGACUACGUGUUCAGACUCAACGGUGCUGUGAUCAAAGGCUUCGAGAAGGAUGUGGGCACCAAGACCUCCUUCUACGGCUUCACUGUGAACACAAUGAAGAACUCCCUCAUCUCCUACUGGAACUUGGGCUUCACCUCCGUGCCACAAGGCCAGGACCUGCGCUAUAUCUUCAUCCCCUCUGACAUCCGGGACUACGUGAUGCUGAGAUCGGCCAUUCUGGGUGUGCCUGUCCCCGAGGGCCCUGAUAAAGGGGACAGCCCCGCCCGCACCGCGCGCCCCGCCGCAGGCCCAGUGCCUUUCCCCUCACCUCGCUCCCCAACUUGCCCUACGACGGCCCGGGCCGCUCUGUCCACUUCUUCCAUGGGUCCUAGGCCUCAGACCUAUUUCGGACCAGAAGCCUCUGCCAGGAAAUUCAAGCUACUACAUCCAGACUUCAUCAGCUACCUGAGGGAGAGGUUUUUGAAAUCAAAGUUGAUUAACACAAAUUUUGGAAACCUAUAUAUGCCUAGUACCGGGGCCCUCAUGCUGCUGACGGCUUUGCACACCUGUGACCAGGUUAGUGCCUAUGGAUUCAUCACAAGCAACUACUGGAAAUUUUCUGACCACUAUUUCGAGCGAAUAAAGAAACCACUGAUAUUCUACGUCAACCACGACCUCUCCCUGGAAGCCACCCUGUGGAAGAACCUGCACAAGGCCGGCAUCCUUCAAUUGUACCAGCGCUGACCCGGAGGUACCCAAGCCCUUUGUUCUCGCAGAGCCGUGGACCCGUGGCCCCAGCCCCUCACGUGGCCUAAGCGGCCUCAGGUCUUUUCAGCCUCUAAGAAGGGCUCCAGCUCCCCUCCACCCACCCCUUCUUCUCUAGAGAACAUUAAGAGGUGGAUUUGUGACUCACUGAAGCUUGUUCAUUGUGGGACACCCCAUUUUGUUCUUGGGUUUCUCCAAGAAAACUCCCCUCUGGGUUGGAGACAGACAUCCCGACCUUGGGUGAAGGGAAAAGACUGCUCUGCUGGAUGUUUUAAAACUGAAGGUAACACAAGAUGAGAUUGUGACCCUCACCAGCGAAGGGCAAACAUACUUCGGAGCAGAGGAUCUCAAAGCCAGCAGCUGGUACGGAACCUGAGGAUGUCGGUGCGACUGCAGACAUGUCCACGGACCAGGGUCAAGCAGCAGGAGGCUCACACACUCCACAGCCAGACCCUCCCACGAGCACGUCCAGCUCCCAGCACCUCCAUGACGAAGGACUCUUAAGACGCACCUAAACCACCUGAGAACAUGACCACUUUCCUCCUCCUGCCCCAUGAUAAAGCGGGAGCACAAACGGCAGAAUGUAAUUUGAACUAGGUACUUGAAUAAAUGACAGGAUGAGC